AUGUGGCUGGUCCGAAAUUACCCGCAGGACUGCCCCUGUGGUGCUCAGGAUCGAGGCAAUGCCUUUGAGCCUUUUCCCCAAGCCACGUCGGUCCUUCCUCUGUUCCUCGGAAAGCGUCGGCAGCCCCGACAGCGCGUGGCCGAGCCCCCGGCAGGCGCCAACCUGUCCCUUUGCUCCCAGACUCUAGGUCACCUGGAGAAGGCGGUGGUUCUCGAGCUCACCUUGAAGCAUGUGAAAGCGCUCACCAACCUCAUCGAGCAGCAGCAGCAAAAAAUAAUUGCUUUGCAGAAUGGUUUACAAGCGGGUGACCUGUCAUCAAGAAACCUUGAUUCCAGCCAGGAAAUGUUUCGAUCCGGUUUCCAGAUGUGUGCCAAGGAAAUGCUGCAAUACCUGGCAAAGCACGAGAAUGGGAAGGAUCUGAAGUCGUCCCAGCUGGUCAGCCAUCUGCACCGCAUGGCCUCCGAGGUGCUCCAGGGCGGAGCCGGCCGCAAGUCUGGAGACAUCCCUCCUAAAAUGGUGGACUUGAAAGAGAAACCUGUCUCCUUGGCCAAAGCUGUGGAGGGACACGGGAAGAACUGCGUGCCUGUGAUCCAGAGGACAUUUGCUCACUCCAGUGGGGAGCAGAGCGGCAGCGACACAGACACGGACAGCGGGUACGGGGGAGAGCUGGAGAAAAGUGACUCUAAAUCCGAACAGCAGUAUUUCAAAAAGGAUACUGAACUCAAGUAUGCUGUCCAGGAGAGAAUAAGCUCUAUUAAGCAAGAGACUGAAGACCCGCCGGCCAAAAGGAGCCGGCUGGAGUCGCCGGAGGACGAUGGGCCUUUUGGCAGCGACAUGAUGGGCUCUUCCAGCAGCUUCCUGGGCCCCCACGCUCACCAGCCCCCCCUGUGCCUGCCUUUCUAUUUGAUCCCGCCAUCCGCAACAGCCUAUCUGCCCAUGCUGGAGAAGUGCUGGUACCCGGCGUCCGUACCUGUCUUGUACCCCAGCCUCCCCGCCUCUGCCGCAGCACUUACGGGGUUCAUGAACCCCGAUAAAAUCUCCCCGCCUCUGCUGAUGCCCCAGAGACUCCCUUCUCCCGUCCCAGCCCAUUCCCCUAUCGACUCCUCAGCUCUGCUUCAAGCUUUGAAGCAGAUUCCUCCUUUGAACUUGGAAACCAAAGACUAAGCGCAGUGUGACUUUUUUUUUUUCUUUUUUUCUUUUUUUUCUUUUUUUUUUUUUAGUUUGAGACUAUUUCACUUUUAUAUAUUGGCUGGACUGAGGUGUGGGGAUAAGGUUCACUGCAUGUAGGAAGCUAAAUCCCCUUUUCUCUGACUUGUCAGGUAGUUUGGAGAAGGAUGAAGGAUGUGCCCAGGUUAGCAAAUCAGAACUACUUCCAAAAAAACCCCCCAACAAAACAGCAAGGGUUUUGUGCUUUACCCCUUACCUUCUUCCC